AUGACUCUUGUUCGGUCGCCAUUACAAUUCGUUGUUUUUGAUCAAAAUGCAGAACAUUCGAAUCCAGAAGUGUUAAUACAAUUGUUAAAUGAAGAUAUCGGUACUAUACCUCUAAGAAGAAAUGAUAUUAAUCAGUUGCCUAUUUUAACUAGUAAGCUCAAGUUUUUUUUCCCUAAUAUUUAUUUUAAUCAUCAUUUAGAAUUUAAAGAACUCUGGGAUAAUAUAAAAAAGUCUCACA